GGCUGCCCUGCUCUAUGCCCUGGCAACAUUGUUCAUUUCCGCCCGACAUCAGCGAGAGACGCAUCGUCAUUGUGGUUACGCCAAGUGAUUAAUUAUUGGAUUCACAAAACAAGCGUGAUGUCCUUGCCCCGUGUCUACUUUGAUGUUGUUGCUGAUGGAUCUUCUCUUGGAAGAAUCGUUGUUGAGUUGAGAACAGAUGUAACCCCUAAGACCUGUGAAAACUUCCGUGCCUUGUGCACUGGAGAGAAAGGCUUUGGUUACAAGGGCUCCACCUUCCACCGUGUCAUCCCUAACUUCAUGUUGCAAGGGGGUGAUUUCACAAACCAUAAUGGCACUGGUGGUAAGUCCAUCUACGGCGAGAAGUUUACUGAUGAGAACUUCGUUCUGAAGCACACUGGUCCUGGUGUCCUCUCCAUGGCGAAUGCUGGUCCCAAUACCAAUGGUUCCCAGUUCUUCAUCACCACUGUCAAGACCACAUGGUUGGAUGGCAGACAUGUUGUCUUUGGAAAUGUUGUUGAAGGUAUGGAUGUGGUUAAACAAGUAGAAGCCCUGGGAUCUCAGUCGGGCAAACCCUCCAAGAAAGUUGUGAUCUCCGACUGUGGUCAAUUGUCCUAAAUUUAUUCUGUAUUAAAGCAUAAUAAUAAUAACACUGUUUAAGUUUAACACAUUUUCUCCUAAGCAAUACCUUCCCAGACAAGAAGAAAUGUAAAGUUUACUAUGGGUCAUUCCAAUUAUGUUGAUAAUGUGAUGCAAUAUUUAUGUCGCAGACUAUGUAUUGCAUUUAUUUCUUUGCAUUAUUCGUAAUAAAUUAUUAUAUUAAUUCAUAGAUAUAGACAUUAUUUCAAUCUAGAUGUCUGGCUAGCUAUUAGGAGUAUGCUAUCAGCUAAUUGCCAUUUUAUAUGUCACUCAUUUUGGAACACAUGUAAGAGUAAUAAAUUUUAAUGAGAAA